AUAUAUUUGAGACCAACUGGUUUGGACUGUAAGGACAUGUCUCUACACAAGCGGAGGAAAAUCAGGACUUUUGCCCUCCUGUUUUGCAUCAUUACAUUUACAACAUUCCUGUUCAGUUACACUUUCGGGGACCCGUCACUCUACUUCAAGCAUGCGUUUCGCCUGUCGGACAGCUUUCUCUCCAAAGGGCUAUGUGCCUGUCACCAGUGCAUGAUGGAGCAGGACGAGGAUCCUUGGUUUGCUGAGCACUUCAAUCAGUCGGUCCACCCUCUGAUGACCAGGGAGAACAGCGUGCUCUCUGAUGAAACCUUUAAAUGGUGGCAGUGGCUGCAGUCAGAGAGCCAGCCAGCCAACUUCAGUGAAGUGGUGGAGGAGCUGUUCCAAGUCGUUCCUGAUGAGGUGCUCUACGUGGACGCCAGCCCCGAGCGCUGCAGGACCUGCGCCGUGGUGGGGAACUCUGGGAACCUGAAGGGGACCCACUAUGGCCCCCUCAUCGACUCCAUGGAUUUCAUCAUAAGAAUGAACCAAGCACCCACCAGUGGUUUUGAGGAGGAUGUCGGCACCAGAACUACACAUCAUGUCAUGUAUCCAGAAAGUGCCACAGACCUGGACAACACCACCAUUCUGGUGCUGAUCCCCUUCAAGAUUCUGGACCUGCAGUGGAUCAUUAGCGCCCUAACCACGGGCACUAUUAAAUACACGUAUGUGCCUGUUCCGCCCAGGAUAAAGGCAAACCGAGACAAGGUGUUGAUUUACAAUCCAACAUUUUUCAAAUAUGUCUAUGAGAGUUGGCUUGAAGGUCACGGACGGUAUCCUUCCACCGGCUUCCUCAGCUUACUGUUUGCCAUCCACAUAUGUGAUGAAGUCAAUGUGUUUGGAUUCGGUGCGGACCGCAAUGGAAACUGGCACCACUACUGGGAGAAGAACCAUUUGGCCGGAGCUUUCCGACACACGGGGGUCCAUGAUGGAGAUCACGAAUAUAAUGUCACUCUGCUGUUGGCAGACAAGCACAAAAUCCAAAUGUUUAGAGGCAGAUGAUGCCAAGCCCAUAUGUGCAUCAUAUGGGCUUGGCUG